AUGAAUUCCUUAUUACCAAACGACUUCACCAGUCUCCCAAUCAUCAUCUCCGACUACGACGCAAUCGCCGAGACGAGGAAGCACAUCCAGCUUCCCACGGCGGGAAUCGAAAGAUCCCACAACGCUGCCAGUCCUACCACAUCCAGCAGUAGCAAUACCGACAGAGACAAAGACGCCGACAAGCAGACCGGGUUCAGCGAGUCUGUAGAGGAGAUAUGGGCCCGCAUCAGCGACGCAACGAAACGCAAGAUCCGCGAAGCAGCCAUUGAAGUCCUCCGCCGAACGGAACAGUCUCGCAUCGACGAGAAGAUGGCUUUCCAGUACGAUGACGAUGCUCGCUUUCUCGACUGA